AUGCGCGUCGCGACAAGUAUUCUGGCCACCCUUGCGGUAGCUGGUGCUGUCAGUUCCCAGACUGCAGGAAGUACGGCUGAAACGACGUACGACUAUGUCGUCGUAGGCUCCGGGCCGGGCGGCGGCCCUUUGGCCGCUCGCCUUGCCAUCGCUGGCAAGAAGGUUCUACUUGUGGAAGCCGGAGGAGACCCAGGCAAUCUCACUGAAUAUCAGGUUCCCGCAUUGAACCUGCAGUCAACGGAAAGCCAGCCGAUGCGCUGGGACUACUACGUCAGCCACCAUACCGACCCUGUGCUCCAAGCGAAAGACUCCAAAACAACAUACCGUCUUCCAUCUGGAGAGCUGUACGUCGGUCUCCAGCCUCCCUCAGGAGCGGAGCCUCUCGGCAUCCUCUAUCCCCGUGCAGGCACCCUCGGGGGCUGUGGGUCACACAACGCGUUGAUCACGGUCUAUCCCCACGCUUCGGAUUGGAACCACAUACAGGACUUGACCGGCGACAAGUCUUGGAGCCCAUCGAACAUGCGCAAGUACUUUCAACGCCUCGAAAAUGCCGAGUAUCUGCCCAACGGGGUGGUCGGGCACGGAUUCAGCGGCUGGCUGACCACGACGGUCACGUAUCUCGGAUUCGUCCUUCAGGACUUCAAACUUCUGAGCGUGAUUCUAAGCGCGGCUACCGCACUGGGUACGAGUCUCGAGGGCACGAUUCUCACCACGAUUGGAGGUCUGCUGCAGGUUCUGACCUUAGACAUUAACGCGGACUUUUCGGGCCGGGAUUCGAAGGAGGGCUUGUACCAAGUCCCCAUCUCGGUCAACCAAGGAGUGCGAAGCGGACCGAGGGAGUUUGUGCUGGAUACUGCUAACGCCAAGAAUGCCGACGGGUCGAGGAAGUAUCACCUCGAUAUUCAACUCAACACUCUCGUCACAAAAGUCAGGUUCGACUCCAGUGGAUCUAAGCCAAAGGCUGUCGGUGUCGACUUCAUCAUGGGUCAGAGCCUGUAUAGCGCAGACCCACGCUUCGAUAGCAGCAAACAGGGAGUUCGCGGCAGCGUCAACGUAACCGGCGAGGUCGUCCUUUCGGCGGGCGCAUUCGAGUCUCCGAAGCUUUUAAAAUUGAGCGGUAUUGGUCCUGCUGACGAACUGAACUCAUUCAAGAUUCCAGUGGUGGUGGACCUUCCGGGCGUUGGAACAAACAUGCAAGAUCGUUACGAAACGUCCGUCAUAGGCGAUUCAGCUAUGGAUUUUGAUAUCACAAAGGACUGCACAUUCCUACGAACUCCCGAUGAUCCCUGUCUGAAGAACUGGAGGUCUGGGAAAUCCAACAGCGACAGAGGCAUAUACGCCAGCAACGGUAUUUCCAUCGGCAUUGUCAAGAAGUCUACUGUAGCCGAAGGAGAUCCUGAUCUUUUCAUCUCGGGUGGUCCGGCUUACUUUCCCGGAUACUACCCAGGUUACAGUACCAAUGCGACGCUCAACACAAGGCAUUGGUCUUGGAUCACCUUAAAAGCGCAUUCGCGCAACUCUGCCGGGACCGUGAAGCUCUCCUCGACCGAUCCGCGAGAUACUCCUGUCAUCAGCUUCAACUCCUUUGACGACCCGGCAACCGGUGCCAAGGACGUUCAGGCCGUCGUUGAAGGGAUGCAACUUUCACGCAAGAUGUUCAAAGACGUGAUUCCUCUUAAGGGGGGAUUCACCGAGGUCUGGCCUGGCAAGGGGGUGUCCGACGCUGGCUUGGCUGACUUCGUGCGCAAUGAAGCGUGGGGUCAUCAUGCCAGUUGUACCAACCCCAUCGGGCCUGAUAGCGAUCCCAUGGCUGUUUUGAACUCGGACUUCACAGUGAAGGGUACCGAAGGACUCCGAGUCGUGGACGCGUCUGUUUUCCCCAAGAUCCCCGGCUUCUACAUCGCUGCACCUAUCUACAUGAUUAGUGAGAAAGCAGCAGAUGUUAUUUUGAAGAAGUAG